AUGGUCCUGCACACCGGCCGCCAUUUCCUGCAGAUCCCCGGGCCGACCAACGUGCCCGACCGCGUGUUGCGGGCGAUCGACCACCCCACGAUCGACCACCGCGGGCCGGAGUUCGCCGAUCUCGGACGCGCCGUGCUGGCCGGCAUGCAGCGGGUCUUCCGCACCGAGGGGCCGGUGGUGAUCUACCCGGCCUCGGGGACCGGCGCCUGGGAGGCGGCCCUGGUCAACACGCUGUCGCCGGGCGACAAGGUGCUGAUGUUCGAAACCGGCCACUUCGCCAGCCUCUGGCGCAAGCUGGCCGAGCGGCUCGGCCUCGACCCGGUCUUCGUGCCCGGCGACUGGCGCCGCGGCGUCGAUCCCGCCGCCAUCGAGGCGCGGCUGCGCGCCGACGCCGGGCAGGAGAUCAAGGCGGUCUGCGUGGUGCACAACGAGACCUCGACCGGCGUGACCAGCCGCGUCCCCGAGGUGCGCAAGGCGAUCGACGCGGCCGGCCAUCCGGCGCUGCUGCUGGUCGACACCAUCUCCUCGCUGGGCUCGAUCGACUACCGCCACGACGCCUGGGGGGUCGACGUCACAGUCGCUGGCUCGCAGAAGGGACUGAUGCUGCCGCCCGGCCUGAGCUUCAACGCGAUCAGCGCCAAGGCGCUGGAGGCCAGCAAGACGGCCCGUCUGCCGCGUUCCUACUGGGCCUGGGACGAGAUGCUGGGGCCCAACGCGACGGGCUUCUUCCCCUACACCCCGGCGACCAACCUGCUGUUCGGCCUGCGCGAGGCGCUGACCAUGCUGCUGGAGGAGGAGGGGCUGGAGGCGGUCUUCGCCCGCCAUGCGCGCCACGCCGAGGCGACCCGCCGGGCGGUGCGCGCCUGGGGGCUGGAGCUGCUCUGUCAGGAGCCGCGCGAGUAUUCCGCGGCGCUGACGGCGGUGGUCAUGCCCGAGGGCCAGGACGCCGACGCCUUCCGCAAGACCGUGCUGGAGCGCUUCGACAUGUCGCUCGGCGCCGGCCUGUCGAAGCUGGCCGGUCGCGUCUUCCGCAUCGGCCACCUGGGCGCGUUCAACGACCUGACCCUGAUGGGCACCCUGGCCGGGGUCGAGAUGGGGCUGGUCGCGGCCGGGGUGCCGCAUCGGGCCGGCGGCGUGCAGGCCGCCCUGGACCACCUGGCGGCCGAGCCGCAGGCCGACUCGCCGAAACUGGCCGCCGCCGGGGAGUGA